ACUUGGCUUGAAAACCCAGGACAAGCCUUAAGAAGCUGGGGUGGAGCACACCCCUGGUCUUCCCCCCAUCCUCCCCCCCCCGAGCGGAGAACCCUAUCAAGGUCCUGUCCUCCCGGGUACACGAUGAAAAUGCGGCAUACGCGGACACCAACAUCCAAAAGUUGAGAUAGAUACGGUACACGGCAAAAUGCAAUGUGGCAGCUUCGUUGCAUCUCUUCAAGGUCAGUAUCUGAGCACCGCCGCCUCACGGACGAGUAUCUUGGGCAGUGAGGAGGAAGACGAGGCGUGGAGGGGAUGCCGCUGUGUCUCGCUCGCCUCCAGCAUCAACAGUGACAUCUUUCACCUACGGGGGUAUUGAUAGUCACCGACGCAGAAACUUGUGAAACACCGCAGCUUAAACAAAUAGAGAAGUGUCCCACAUACAACACUAUUAUCCCCGCUGCUGAGGAAAUAAACUCUCUAGCAUUUUGACAUUUCCUGCUUCCUAACAACGGACGGCCUGUGUCGUGUGGACUGUUUACCUGUACUACAAAAGGACACCCAACUCAAGCUAGCUGACGUUACUUUACAGAAUGGAUGCCCGGUUCGGUUCAAGCUAGCCGAACCGACCGUUAAGAUUAGAAUGUUCUACGGGUGGUUCAACGUUGCGAAGUUGUAACCGUAAUAGCUCCACUCAACUUCCUUGAACUCGCUGACUUGAAAUAACUUGGGUAUUUUCAACCAGCAUCUCCUAAAGUUGUUUUUUUUUUUUGUACAUCAAAAUGCAUUCGGGGACAGGUUCACACAGCCCGGCUGGUAUCGGGAAGAGUUUACCAGAGCGGGGGCUUCUCCUGCUGAUGGUGUUGGUGUUCCUGGAGGGCUCCGUUCUUCCUCUCGGAGCUGCCAGCUCUCCGGAUAUCAGCCAUCAGGCAAAUGUAGUCAAUCACAAAGUGGCGGACGAGGGACAUAACUCAACUAAAAAGGCCUUCCCUGUGCUCGACCUCGACUACCAUCACAUACAGACCCCCUUUGAGAUUUCAUUAUGGGUGCUGCUCGCCUCUUUAAUGAAAUUAGGUUUCCACCUGAUUCCUCGCCUGUCUGGUAUUGUACCAGAGAGCUGCCUGCUGAUCACGGUCGGCCUGCUGGUGGGGGGGCUCAUCAAACUAGCCGGAGAAAAGGUCCCCCCAGUGCUGGACUCAAGAUUGUUUUUCCUCUGCUUGCUGCCUCCCAUCAUCCUAGAUGCUGGCUACUUCCUGCCCAUUCGGCCCUUCAUGGAGAACCUGGGAACCAUCCUGAUGUUUGCUGUUGUAGGGACCUUGUGGAAUGCCUUCUUCGUCGGGGGGCUUCUAUAUGCUGUAUGUCAGAUCCAACCAGACAAUCCAAACCCUCUCCAUGCUUUAGAGCUGCUGCCCUGCCUGCUGUUCGGCUCCAUUAUCUCAGCUGUAGAUCCUGUUGCUGUACUGGCCGUGUUUGAGGAGAUCCACAUCAAUGAGCUGUUGCACAUCCUGGUGUUUGGCGAAUCGCUGCUUAACGAUGCUGUCACUGUGGUGUUGUACCACCUGUUUGAGGAGUACGCAGGUGUCGGUACGGUGUCUGUGAUGGAUGGCUUCCUGGGUGUCAUCUCCUUCCUGGUGGUUGCGUUGGGUGGUGUUUUAGUGGGAGCUAUCUAUGGGAUUCUGGCUGCCUUCACCUCACGCUUCACCUCCCACACACGUGUCAUCGAGCCACUUUUUGUCUUCGUGUACAGCUAUAUGGCCUACCUGUCAGCUGAGAUGUUCCACCUGUCUGGCAUCAUGGCAUUGAUAGCAUGUGGAGCGGUGAUGCGACCCUAUGUAGAGGCCAACAUUUCCCACAAAUCUCACACCACCAUCAAGUACUUCCUGAAAAUGUGGAGCAGUGUCAGCGAAACGUUGAUCUUCAUCUUUCUGGGUGUGGCGACGGUGGACGGCCCUCAUGCCUGGAACUGGACCUUUGUUACAGUCACUGUCAUCCUAUGUCUGGUGGCUCGGGUCAUUGGUGUGGUUGGUCUGACGUAUGUCAUCAACCAGUUCCGCAUUGUCAAGCUGACAACCAAGGACCAGUUCAUCAUAGCAUACGGUGGUCUGCGAGGGGCCAUCGCCUUCUCCCUCGGUUUCCUGCUGGACAAGAACCACUUUCCCAUGCGAGAAAUGUUCCUCACCGCCAUCAUCACUGUUAUCUUCUUCACAGUCUUUGUCCAGGGCAUGACGAUUAAACCCCUGGUGGAACUGUUGGCUGUGAAGAAGAAACAGGAGGCCAAACGUUCCAUUAAUGAGGAAAUCCAUACCCAGUUCCUCGACCACCUGCUGACUGGUAUUGAGGACAUUUGUGGACACUAUGGGCAUCACCACUGGAAGGACAAGCUGAACCGCUUCAACAAGAAGUAUGUGAAGAAGUGCCUGAUAGCAGGCGAGCGCUCCAAGGAGCCGCAGCUCAUCGCCUUCUACCACAAGAUGGAGAUGAAACAGGCCAUUGAGCUGGUGGAGAGCGGAGGGGGAGUCAAGCUGCCUUCUGCUGUGCCUUCCACUGUUUCCAUGCAGAACAUCCAGCCCAAGAAGCCUCCUGCUGCCAAGCCUGCAGAGAGAGCUCUGCCCCAGCUGCCUAAAGGCCGAGAGGAGGAGAUCAGGAAGAUCCUCAGAAGUAACCUUCAGAGGACACGGCAGAGGCUGCGCUCCUACAACAGACACACUCUGGUGGCUGAUCCAUACGAGGAUGGCUUAGGGGACUUCCUUAUUAAGAAGCAGAAGAUGAUUGAGCUAGAGAAGAAGAUUAAAGACAUGAAUAACUACCUGACUGUGCCUGCUGCUCCUCCAGACUCUCCCACCAUGUGCAGAGCCAGACUGGCUUCAGACCCUCAAGCCUACAGCGUGAAGCCAGGGUCUGACAGUGUCCCAACCAUCCAUGUAGACCUGGCCUCCCCUCAGUCCCCAGACUCUGUCAAUGUGAUGGAUGAGUUCAGACGGGCGGGCCAGCAGCAGGAUGAGGACCAGGGCCUGAUGAUGAAGCCUCCUUCAGCGCCGAGCAGACCUGAAAAGCUCGGCAAGGCGGAUGCAGAGAGAGACCAGCAGAAGCUGAUGAGGUGCCUCAGUGAUCCCGGUCCCAGCGCAGACGAGGAUGAGGACGAACCCUUCCUGCCUUGAAUCGCAGGCUGGAGACGGAGGGUCAGACUGACUGCAUGCCAGCCUUCACUGGUUAGAGGAGCUGCUUCACUGCUCGAAAAAAUCUCUGUGGUUCAGAAACCGAACAAGCCAAAACUGCUAAUGCUGUACAAACCAGGAAAGGAGAGGAGAGGGAGAAGAGAAAAAAGAGCCAUCACUUUAUUAUUGUCAUCGCUCUUUAUUUUUCAGACAGGAAUCAAACAGCAGAUGCUGCUAUUUAGAGAAGGUUUGACAGUCUGAGACAUUCAGAAAAGAACUAUGCAUUACCAAAGGUUUGAACUGUUUCAGUGUCAGAUAAUUAUAUUUUUGAUUUAGUUUUUAGACUGUUCUUCCUUUCUAAAUGAUUGCAUAGUUGAUAGUUUUAUGUUUGUUCAAGAUUUUACUCUUUCUUUUGUCUUCAAAGCCACAUUUUUGAGUCAUGCUGGACCUAUAGUCAUGCAUGCAACCAACAAAUCAAACUACUUCGAUCAAAUUUUCACUUUGAAACACAGCACUUAACUUUAUCAAACAUCUCACUAAAACUGUGCUCUCAUGUAACUUGUCACUUGAAAUUGCAGGAUGACUUUUAGAGUGUAGCUAUUUUCAAAUUCUUGGCCUUAUUUUAUGUCAAACCUUUACUUGGUGCAUUUUUUAUUGUUUCUAAAAAUGUGCUUUAAUUUCAGGGGUACAUAGAUAACGAGAAGAACAUUGAUCUUAUUGCAGUCAGAGUUUGUUCCAGUGUUAGGCUCCAUGUCCACAGCUUCUGUUUCUUGCACUGGCGGUGCUAAUUGUCAAUACACAAAGAAUGCAGUCCAGGGUUAUAGUGCUCAGUGUCGUGGUUGCCAAAGGCAAGGCAAGGCCCUCUACUCAGUUGUUUUUGUAGAUGCUCUCUCAGUGCUCUUAGCGCUCUAGGAAAACAGCUCGUCAAUGUAACUUCUCCCUCGUUGAGGGGGUGGGACUUCUGAUAUCAGCUCUAAAUGAACAGCAGUGGCAGAGGAAAUGGGGAUCUGACUCAUCUUUUCUAGAGUUUGAUUUCCGUACUUACAUCUGCUGCAAAUGCCAGGAAAGGAUAUCUGUGCUUUUUUUUGUUUCCAAAUUUUUUUCCCUUGAAGGACAAGGAAAAUGCUUGGUGCACAGAGCUAUUUUUAAACGCAGUUACAGCUACUACUGAGUAGUUAACUUUCAUAACCUAGCAACAGUAAACACUGGUAAAUAGCGCUCUGUAACAGAGAUUAUGGGCGUUGCCAGUGCAAAAACAGUGGCUGUGGACACAGGUUCAUAAGGAAGUGUGGGCUAAAAGAUGGGUGUGUUUAGUUAUGACAUCUAAGAACCACAGGCAGGACAGGCAGGGAUGCAGCACAGAUGUUUUGAUGUCAGUGAAAAUGCUUGAAGUGAUAGUUCAGGUUUUUUUUAUUGGGGUUGUCUGAGGUACUUGUCAGUAGUAAAUAUAUCAGCCACAGGAGAUACAUCUCAGCUUGACCCCCAGUAGGAGUGCAGGCACUGAAGCAAGGCUAUAUGUUGGGGCUGUUUGACAAGCAGAUAGAAACAACUUAAAUCAGCUUAACUGCAUUUUACAAAUAGUUAAUCAUCUCUAACAACUCAAGGGAGAAGUAUUGGGCUUUUAGCUGUAGGGUGGAAAAUAUUAUAUUCUCUUUUGAUAUUCAGUGAUAAUCAGACACAGCACACUUACCCUGACAUUGUUUUCUAUGUAGUAAUUUAAAAGAAGUUUAAUAGUGUGUAUCGGUGUAUAGCCUUGCUUCCUUGUGUAUGCUCCGGCCUCUCUCAUAGGUCCUUUGCAGAUGAUGUCACACAGCGGCAAAGGACUCCCCUUGGAGGGCAAGAAAUGAUUUCUACACUGAGAAAUGCAACACAACACAACAAAAAAAGCCAUGCUGUGAGUUGUGAAAACAACAAUUCUUAAGCUACUUUUGUGUCCAGAAAGUAAUGAAAUUUCAGGCAAACAGAUACAAGUUUCACAGAAAAACAGCAGAGGGCGGGAAUUUGAUAAAGCCUCUUUCUAAAGCCUGGACAAGCCGCACAUGUAUGGUCCAUUUCCACAAAGCGUUUCCGUUUGUUUCAGAACAGUUUUGUCAUGGCUUAGCACAUUAAACUCUGAUCUUGCCAGUGUUUCCUCAACUGAGGUCCGUCUCACCAGCCUCCAGCCUCACUCGUUGUGACGGUAUAUCCGUCUCUUUUAAGAAAUCCAGAUCAUUUGGCUCAGCUCAGUAGAGCUGGUUGUUUGGUUCCCAAAAGGCUCUUCAUUUGGUCACAUUUUAAAUAAUGACAAAGGAUGGAGGAAAGGGAACUGACACUCACAUGGGAACUAGCUACAGUAGCUAACAUUAAAGAGCCGUUUCAUAGCACAGGGUAAUUCAUGAGUGGCACAUCAUUACUUGGUUGCUAACCUCACAAGGCUUAUUCGUUUGAUAGUUAAUCACAGUUUCAGUUAAAGCAUAUUUGUCACAAAAUUAGGACUUUUUAAUAUAUUAAAAGGCCUUAGCUAGCCUCUUAACUCAGUACCAGACUCUUCAAGACUUGUUUUCCUUUGUCUGUCUACAUGAUGCUAAACACUAGGUCUGCAGGACUGAGUGUGAUAUUGAUUGCCUCCUUGCUGGAUAAAUUAGUUAAAUUGUGGUAAAAAUCACAUUUUUGUAAAGUGUAGGAAUCGUAGUCAGUGUAUGUUGGAAUUUUCUGAUGAUAAGUGCAGUUUCGAGAUCAAUUUAAAGCUGAAAAAUACUGACUUUCCUCUGUUCCCAUUCAUUCCUUAUGGCUGUCCCCUACUUCCUGUCCCCAGUGGACUUUCUGGAUUGCAAACAGCCUAUUAAAGAGACCAUGCUGAGCACCAUCUCCUGUGGCUAAUAUGGUGCUUUCCAUGUUAUACCGACUUGACUCAGUUUUAGUACCAGGAACUUUCUUUUCAAAUAUAGUAUAAACUUUGAUAGUACCUCCUCAGUAAAGGUGGGGGAGGUCAUGGAGCAGCUACGUGAAGCUGCAGUUACAUCCAACACAACAUCUACUAUGGACAUCAUGGUAAUUGUGUAGCUGGUUCUCAGUCUGAAGCUUUUUGUCUCUGGAGUCAGACGUCUUUUGCCGAGUGAUGAUACUCUCUGACCACUUAGUGGUCAACAAAUUUCUUGACAUCGUGUUCUAGUGUUUGCUUAGCUCAUGGGAUCUUACCCAGACGUGAUGUCAAAUAGAGCACUAGGUACAAAGUACCAUCCUUGAGAAAUAAAGAGUAGUAGUGAAAUAAGUACAUGAUGACAUUUAAGUGACAUAGUGAAAUAAGUACCUCAUACAGCCUCAAUUAAAAAAAGAACUACCCCUUUAAUUCCCCAUCCAAGUCCAUUGUAGAUCAAAUCACAUCAUUCUUUAUGUUUAUGGGUUUAAUGUGUUACCUCAGCUUUAGAACAUCCUUUAAAACUCACUCAAGCAGGUGUUAAGUUGGUAAAAAGUUUAUUGUAUAAACACUCAUCUCAUUAUCACUUUUCUCUGUUGCUGAUUUUAUUUGAUCAUAUUUGAAUUAUAUUUACAGUCAUUUGCAUAUUAAAUCCCAUUUUCAGUUUCCUUAAUGGCCUUCUGAGAGGUAUUUAUGUUCUUCUUCACUGCCCAGCUUGUGAGGGACACAGAGUGAAGGGUUAGUUUGAACACCCUUGGCAAAUCAUGGCAAAAAAAAAAGUAAUACUAUGCAGUACAGAUAUGUAAAAUAUGUAAAAUAAUAAUAACAUCCUAUAUUUAUGAGUACCCUUUAAAAACUGAAGUCUUGUAAUCUUGUUAUCAUACGACACUGACUCAAACCACAGCAAAAGUCAAAACUCAACUCAAACAUGGGCAUUAAAUAAUUAGUUAUUUAAUUUUUGGGAACAUCUGAGCAGGACUGAAAAUCAUCUGCAAGCAUGCAAACAUAGUUUAGGGUUCACUGUACUGUGUAAUGUUGUACAGUGCGUAUCAUAUCCAGUGAUGUAAGACAUGUUUCCAUCUUUAACGCACUGUCAGCUGCUCCCUUAUUUGUUGCAAGACAACAAAAUAUGUAAGUUAUCAUUGUGAUAUAUUUGCUAAAUCAUAAGCAUUUGAUCAUUUUAAAUGAAACAUGAGAUUAUUUUUGUUGAACUCUUCAGAAAAGCUAAGUGCCACAGCCUGUGAUUAGAUUAUAAACCACAAGUAGUCUUCAACUCAAGUCUCACGACAAAUCUCAUCUCCCUGCAGGCCAAAGAAUUUCCCAUAUAAAGCAUACUUUACUAAUUAAAAACACUGAUUGUUACUUGUUUUCUACAUAUUUAAGAGCAUUACCCUCAUGAUCAUCUUACAACCACAAAGCUUCUAUUACGAUGAGGGGAACAAGGAAAGAGAGCUGUAAAUCAAAUAUACCCUUUAUAGAUACAUCAUUGAGUAAUGACUUUCUAAAACGAAGGCAAAGGCAAACACCCUCUGAGUUGGUUGUUCUCAGCUCUGUGUUUACACUAACAUGAAAACAUCUCUUAAAGUUAACAUGUCACCCUGAGGCUUAAACAUGUUUAAUGUACUUUUUUUGUAUCCCAGUCUCACAGACACUUGAUGGUGAAACAGGAAGGCAGGGGUAGAGAAAGGAGCUGAUGUAUAAAGGAGAUGUUUCUAAGCAGAGCAUUCGUUUUGGUCUGAAAUCUGCCCUGGAAGUCAUAUAAUAAGCCUUAAAAGCAUUUGUAGCUGUAAAUUCCUUCCUAUGGGUACUGUAGUGAGCAAAAAAGCAUGUCAUUGCACUCAUACAAACUUGUACAGUUUUGAAGUGCGUUUGUCCUCUCAUUCCCCCUGACAAUUUCCCUGCUUCCCAUUUUUAAAGAGUAUAAUUGCAGCAGAGAGACCUGGGAGGGUCAAACCUUAAAGCAUGUCAUUUCCCGGUUUCCAUCAAAUUGAAUUUGUCUUCUGAAAUGUCAGUGAGUGUAAUGCAGUGUCAGAGUGGAGGACUGUGCUGAAAAUGUCAACAAGGACAGGUUUAGAGAGAAGAGGCUUGUUUUAAACCAAAUGGCAUGCAGCAAUUCCCAUCAUCCUCAAACACUCCCUUUUAUCGUUGCUUAAAGGAUACUUCCAUGCAGCAUUGAACUUAGGAUGCUCUGAAAUUCACUAUCAAUCACACCUACAAAAGCCUGAGAAAAUCAGUCUCCCCAUCUGCAAAUGUCGACUUUCAUAUCUUCCUCCAAAAUGCUCGAUAUUUUGGCCUCCAUUUAACUGCAGUUUGUUUCUGUCUUUAUCCGUAACAGUCCAGCAGAGACCUAUAAGUAUGUUUCAGGAAGAUUGCAGUAAGUGAAACAUUUAUCUGCAUGUUACUGUGUGAAUGCAGAGCAGAGUAUUUUUUGUCUGAGAGAACAUGCUUCGUACUUUGCCGAAAUGUAUUUUUCAUGUCAAAUGAUGUGAGUAGAAGAGGUAAAUAUAAAAACUGUUUAAAUUCAAACUACAGCUACCACAUCUCUGUUCAUUAUUCCAAAGACUUUUCCACUUAUCAAAGAGAAGGAACACUAUUUUCAUACUUAUUCUUUGCGUAUCAAACACAUGUAUUGUCAAACAUUCUCUCCCUUCAAUGGAAGAGAAAUGUUUGGUACAGGAAACCUUAAUCUGAAGCCAUACAGCCUAUAGAAGAACCUAUUUUUUGUAUACAUAGAUCAUAAUGUUGUCUGCAUACAAAGAUAUUUGCCUUUACUUUUAAAUUGCUUGUGUCUUAAAGUUGGCAGAAUUUUGUGGAGUCAUUGCUGAUGUUCUUAUCAAAUGUGUUGGACUCAAAAUGUCAACACUGUCCUCUCACAAGAGUCAGCUACAGCUUUAAGAUUUAUUUUGCUUUUUUAUUUUGCAAAAUUUGUGCUUUAUUUGUUAAAAUGUGCUUUAUUUGUCAAACUUUGUUUGGCGUUAUAGGGACUUCUAAGUCCCAUGCUUUUAUUAUCAAGUGCUUUAUCUGCAUCAUGUGCAUUGCAUCACUUUGUGUGCUUUACAGAGGUUUUUAAGGCUUCACUGUUGGUUCUUCAUCUCAUGUUUACUUUAAACUGCACUCCAGAGGCAUUUAUCUCUAAACUGUGGAAUUCAGACUUGAGGCUGAAUUUACUUCAGCAAUCUCUAACCAGUACUGCUUAUGAGCUUUAUUGUCAAAUGCAGUGCUCCUAAUGUUAAAUUGAUCCUCUGAUAAAAGCUAAUUGAAGGAAUCACUUCCAAUCUGUUACAUAUGAUGGCAAAUCGGUGUAUUUAAAGGCCAUUGUGGGGUUCUUGCAUAUAUUUUAUGUUAUACAGGCAGAAAUAUUUUCCAUUCAUUUAUGAAAGCAGAACAUUUCAGAGACUUUCAGCUUAUGGGGAUCAGACCAGCUUUUAUGUCUGUGACAUUUCUGAUUCAUCAGAUAUUCUUAGUUUUUCAAGGCUGAAUUAAAACAAUAUUAAAGUACUUGUAAAUACAUUGUUCUAAUAUGUUUCUCAUUGUUAAUUCUUGUCGUGGAGAGAUACAACCCUAAUGCACUUCAGUGGAAGUUCUGUAAUUCAAACCACUUAAUCGAUUGGAAAAGUCAUUUUGAAGUUAAGCUGGAGAUAAUACAAGGCUUUAGCAAACAGGCUUUCACGAACUUAGUAGCUGUUCUAACAAAGGGGACUUUGUGUUCUACCCCCCCCCACCCCCCAUCUGCUCAGUAGGCUGUCAGAUGAAACACAAAAAAGAGGAUUUUGUGCUAAAAAGAAUAACUUUGAAAGAUACUGUGCAGCUGGAACACUGGGAUGGAUUUCACUUCCAUGUGUCCAUUGUUUCCACUAAAAUUAAAACUCUUGUGAGAAGUUUCUAGUUGGUGAUGAAACAGACUGAAAUCUGAAUAUUGAUGACCUACAACAGCAAAAAAACACCAUCACAACCAAGAAUGACAUCUUCUGUGUUGUAAUUUUUAAAGCCUGUAAACUUUGACGGGGAGUAGGUGUCAUACAGUUAUCUAAAUUAUUUUCUUUUAAACAUUUUCACUAUUUACAUUUGACUGUUAACAGAAAGCAGGAAGAGAUUUUGAGACCAUGAGACCGAUAACCGAUACGUGGAAUUGAUGUGCAUUUGUUAUGACUAGCAAAAUGUACUUAAAGUGACAAAAGUAAAACUUCAUGUUAAAAAAAUCAUGGAAAAUAAUUUAGCACCAGAUCUGUCAACAUGAGAAACCGCACAGAGCAACACAGUAGCAGCAGGAAAACAGGAAGUGAUGCCGUACUCUCCCUGGCACCCAGGCCUCAGUGUUGAUUGGCUGGUCACUCUGUGACAUCAAACCAGGCAUCAAAUAAACCCAAAAGGCAUUACUUGGUGCAGAGUAUUACAGCUCUUAAUUAUUUUUUUAAAUUAUAAGUAGAAUAAAAUGCAGAAUCCAAUACACAUGCAUGUAUAUACAUACAUGUAAAAAAUACUCACAUAAGCAGUAUAUGUUUGAAAUGCUUUCAAAAGCACUUUAAAUUGUCUUAAGUCUUAUGUUUAACUGAUUAAAUUAGGUACUACUAUAUUACUAAAAAAUAUAUCACAAAGAAAUGGCCCUCCAGUGUGAGAAAAGGUCAAGUGGUCCUUUCAGUAACCAAAGUUGUCCAUCCCUGUAAUAAAGAGGUGGAUGGAUGUGUGGAUAUUUGUAUUGUUACAUCCCUAAAAAUAAAAUUGUCCUUGAAAUUUUGGAAUAGCACAGAAGUAAUUGUAGACACUACAGUUUACUUGUUAGUUUGCUAUGAACAUGAUUUCUGCUACAAAGGCUGAUAUAUGCAAAAGCUCCACUGUGUUCCUUUAAGUAGUAUUAGAUUUGACCUAGCUGGGCAUGGCUAAUGGUUGCACUGCUGGACAAAUACUGGUAAAUUAUACAGCUAGCAACCACAGUGUGAUGCACGCAAGGCCCCAUAGUGUCAUUACUCAACCACACAAAGUAGUUCCUCUCCGUGCUUUCGUCAUCCUUUACCACUUUGCCUGAUCCUCUUCCUCUUCCCUCAUCAUUUGACACCACAGUGAGCACUUUAACAAAGCUGUACCUUUAUCUCACGCUGAUGUCAGAGAGCAAUAAGUGGCUUUAAUGGAGUGUACGCAUGGUUUUCAGGUGGAAUGUACUUGACGGGCCUUAUUAACACAGAGGGACCCACAGUGAAUGCCAUGACUUGAUGAAACGUUCAAACAUAUUUCUCUUUCCUUCAUGUUCUUUCUUGUUUUCUUCAUAUGUUUGUUAAAUUUAUCUGUCAGUCAACUGUUUGCAGAUUUAAAUUUUGCAAUAAUUUUGUUUUUUUAUUUUCUAUACACAUAAAUGGGAAUAUAUUAGAUAGAGAAUAACAUGUAUUAGAAAUUUAUUAUAUUGAUGUACAAAUCAGAAUCUGAAAGAUAACAUGUGUGCACUUUGAUUAACUUUAGCUUUCAGCAUUCCACCUCUGUAAUGAUGACCAGAAAAACUAACAAACAGAGAUGAAACCACAUCAGAUACUAUAUUCAAGAUUAAACUCUGACUUUAUAGCAA